GAGCGAAAACAAAAACGAGGAAGAGUUCAUACUCGCCAGCUCCAACUCAAAAGUCUCGUUAGGCGUGCGGGAAAGCGAAAAUCUCGAGCCGAAUCAACCGAAAAAGGGAGGUUGAAGACGAACAAGUCCGCGCGUGCCGGUGCCCGCCUACCCGCGCCCGCCGCUUCGUCGUCAACCCACCUUACCUGCCGCCCACUCCGCAUCCCCUCGCGCUGUUCGCUUCCCCAGAUCCGCCAAGACCCAUCUCCCCACCCCCCGCUUUCGGUUUCUUGGAAAUGGGGGCGCCGCCGUGGAGGCUGCUGUGCUGCUGCUGCUGCCGCGAGUCCGAUCACAAUGGGGUGGACGACCUCAAGCUCAAGCCCGACGCCGCCGAUGGGGAGGUGGCGGCGGGGGACUGGUACGACCUCCCGCCAUUCCAGGAGUUCACCUUCCAGCAGCUGCGCCUCGCCACCUCGGGCUUCGCCGCCGAGAACAUCAUCUCCGAAAGCGGCGACAAGGCGCCUAACGUCGUCUACAAGGGCAAGCUCGACGCCCAGCGCCGGAUCGCCGUCAAGCGCUUCAGCCGCUCUGCCUGGCCCGACCCACGCCAGUUCAUGGAAGAAGCUAAGUCUGUUGGCCAGCUCCGGAACAAAAGAAUCGUAAAUUUGCUUGGUUGUUGCUGUGAAGCCGAUGAAAGAUUGCUUGUUGCUGAGUACAUGCCCAAUGACACACUGGCGAAGCAUCUGUUCCAUUGGGAGUCACAGGCAAUGGUAUGGCCCAUGAGAUUACGGGUUGUUCUGUAUCUUGCCGAGGCUUUAGACUACUGCGUAAGCAAGGAGCGGGCUCUCUAUCAUGAUCUUAAUGCAUAUAGAGUUCUGUUUGAUGAUGACUGCAACCCUAGGCUUUCAUGUUUCGGCCUAAUGAAGAACAGUCGAGAUGGCAAAAGUUACAGCACAAAUUUGGCAUUCACUCCUCCUGAAUAUAUGAGGACUGGAAGAAUAACUCCGGAAAGUGUCAUAUACAGCUUUGGUACAUUGUUGUUGGAUGUUCUUAGUGGGAAGCAUAUUCCUCCUAGCCAUGCUCUUGACCUGAUUCGUGAUCGAAACUUCAGUAUGCUCAUAGACUCCUGUUUAGAGGGCCAAUUUUCAAAUGAAGAAGGAACAGAACUGAUGCGUUUAGCUUCAAGGUGCCUGCAUUAUGAACCACGAGAGCGGCCUAAUGUAAGAUCUUUGGUUCUUGCACUGGCUUCUCUUCAGAAGGAUGUUGAGUCCCCAUCUUACGAUAUGAUGGAUAAGCCCCGUGGUGGUGCAUUUACUCUUCAAUCAAUUCAUCUUUCUCCUCUUGCUGAAGCUUGCUCCAGAAAGGAUCUUACUGCAAUACAUGAACACCUAGAAACAGCUGGCUAUAAAGAUGAUGAGGGAACAGCAAAUGAGCUCUCAUUUCAGAUGUGGACUAAUCAAAUGCAAGCUACUAUUGACUCAAAGAAGAUGGGUGACACUGCAUUUCGACAAAAGGAUUUUAGCAUGGCCAUUGAUUGCUACUCUCAGUUCAUUGAUGUUGGUACCAUGGUUUCACCAACAAUUUAUGCGAGGCGUUGCUUGUCAUAUCUCAUGAAUGACAUGCCACAACAAGCUCUGGAUGAUGCAGUGCAGGCUCUGGCGAUAUUUCCUACAUGGCCAACUGCAUUUUAUCUUCAGGCUGCGGCCUUAUUUUCGUUAGGAAAAGAAAACGAAGCUCGAGAAGCACUCAAGGAUGGUUCGGCUGUGGAGACAAGGAGCAAGGGGCAUUGAAGAUGGAUAGCUGAACAUCAGGUGCUCUCAUUUGGACAUAAUUUGUUGGAGACAACAGCAGUUGUUAAUCUGGCUUAGGCGCAUGGGGACUGUCAGUUAGCCUUGUGAUACAUAUACAAUUGGUGGUGUAUAUACGAAAAACACGCAUAGAUAGAAUUGACCCGAGAGAGGGAAAGACAGGAGAUACCAGCGGUUAAUAAAUGUACAUCCCACAUGGAGCUAACAAGGGGAAAGGAGGUGAGCCUGUUCAUCCAGGUCACCCUGCCACAUAAAAGAGGAGAUAUAGAAAGGAAGAAAAGGUGGCCAUCUGUUCUGUCAAACAUCAUUAUCACCCAUCAGAUCAUGUUAGUGUUGGUAAUAGAUUGUAGGGUUUGUAGAGCAAGUGGUGUUUGGUCUUUUUGCUCUUGUCUUCGUUCUCAGCUCAGCCGGGCACUGUGAUUUGGGUCAUAUAUUAGUAAUGAUUUGGUAUUGUUAGGAGUGUAGUUGAGAGAAGAUCGAUGAGUUCUCCUGUAAUGAUUCAAUCUUUGGGUACAGUGUGGGCUUUGUAUAUUUGUGAGAAGACUCUAUUCGGAACAGAUCAUGUGCUGCUACUUUGUUGGUCCCAUAAGGCAUAAGCCAUGAAAUGGUUGGUGGCA